GAGAGGGAGAGGAGGCUAAACUGGGGCGGCCCCUUCCUGCACACCCCCCACACCUCCCUCAAAAAAUUUCCCCAACACCCCUCCCUGCAGCAUGAGUGGUCUCCUCCAAGAUGGUUUGGUGAGUGCAAAGGCAGGGGGCGGGGAGCGGUACGCAUAGUGGAGGACGGGCGGGUAGGAGGUGCAGAGGCAGCCAGGCAGGUGGGGAGGGGGCGCUGAAAGGCUCCGGCGAGGAGAGAUGCCCAGGCAGGGAGCGAGGCAUCUCUGGACUGAAGUGGGGAGAGAAUGUGAGGGACCCCCAGAGACACCCCGUCAGACUGAUGCAUCCAUGCAAGGCUCGUGUCUCCUUGCAAAGCUCAUCAGCAUGGAGCAGUGCCGGAGACGUCAUUAGCAAAGGAUGGAUCUCUGUCUCUUAGGGUAUGGCCCCCACUCCCCCCAAUCCAGACAUUUCUUGCCUUAAGAAAGAAGAAGAAAUGGAAGAAGAGGAAACAGAUCAUUCGAGUUAUGCUGAGGUCUGCUCUCCAAAGAUGGAAGAGGAAGACUCAGAUAUCCCUGAAACAGGAAGAUGCCCUGAUGCCCUCCAGGCUGGAAGCAGUGAGAGAUUCUGGGAAAGAAACGUGCAGAAAAUCCUGGGGGAGGACUUCACUAACUCAGAUGUAGCGUGCCAGCGCUUCAAGGAAUUAUGCUACCAGGAGGCCGGGGGUCCCGAAGAGGUUUGCAGCCGAAUCCACAACCUUUGCAACAAUUGGCUGCAGCCAGAAAGACACACAAAAGCUCAGAUUGUGGACCUGGUGGUCCUGGAGCAGUUCCUGACCAUCUUGCCCGCAGAGAUGGCGAGAUGGAUCAGAAAACAUGGUGCAGGGACCAGUUCUCAGGCCAUGGCCCUAACAGAAGGUUUCCUGAGUCAGAAAGAAGGCAAGAAAGAGGAAGAACAACAGGGCCUGGUGACAUCUGAAAAGAUGGCUGCAUGUUGCACAGAAGAGGAGGGGACUCUGCUGCAUCCAGACCAAAGGGCCCUGCACAGGAAUGCUGGAGAAUCAAGGGAAUGUGGCCUCCUUGGGAUAUGUUCCCCACUCCCUUGGAUGCAGGCACUUCUUGCCUUACAGAAGGGGAAAAAGUUGGAAGAAGAGGAAGGACAUUCAAGUGGUGUUGCAGGCUGCUCUCCCAAGAUGGAAGAGGAAGACCCAGCUAACCCUGAAACAGGAAGAUACCCUGAUGCUGUCCAUGGUAGGAGCAGUGAGGGAUUCUGGGAAAGAACCAUGCGGAAGAUGCUGGAUGAGGACACCAGCAGCUCAGAUCUGAAGUGCCAAAUACUCAGGCAGUUCUGCUACAGGGAGGCCGAGGGACCCCAAGAGGUUUUCAGCCAACUCUACAAUCUUUGCCUUCAGUGGCUGAAGCCAGAAAGCCGCACAAAAACUCAAAUUGUGGAUUUGGUAGUACUGGAGCAGUUCCUGACCGUCCUGCCCCCGGAGAUGGAGAGCUGGGUCAGAGAAUGUGGAGCAGAGUCCAGUUCCCAGGCAGUGGCCCUGGCCGAAGGUUUCCUCCUGAGCCAGGCUGGGGACAUAAAGCAGGAAGAGCAGGAGACUCCAGUGACCUUGGAUGGGGCAGCUGUGCCUUUCCCCGAAGAGAAGCCGGCUGUGCUGGACCCAUCCCAAAGAGCUCUGCACACAGAAGUCCUGCUGGCAAAAUGGGGGGCUGUGACCUCUUUAGCAGGUGGUGGAAGGGAGAGCAAGAAAGAAGAUGAAGAGCAAAGCAAGAAAAGUGGAGCAAAGCAGAGACCGGGGAAGAAAUCGGUUGCUUCUGAAGAGGGUGCUGUGCAACAGGAAUGUAAGAAGGAGAACAAAAGGAGCGUGUUUCCUCCGUGUGCAAAAAUUCGAACUGAUCAAUCAAGCUUUGCCACACAUCAGGGAAUCCACACAAGUAAAACAUGUUAUAUAUGCUCAGAUUGUGGAAGGAGCUUUAAGGGCAAGAAAGGUCUUGUAAUACAUUUGAGAAUACAUCAGCAUGAAAUGCCACAUAAAUGCUCUGAGUGCGGAAAGAGCUUUGAUCAGAAGAAAAAACUUAUUAAACACCAACGAAUCCACACAUGGGAAAUGCUGUAUAAAUGCUCAGAGUUCACUUUCAGCCACAAAUUUAUUAAUCAUCCCAUAAACCACACAAAGGAGAAACCAUAUAAAUGUUUGGAAUGUGGAAAGGGCAUCAGUUCGAAAAAGUUUCUUAUUCUGCAUCAAAGAAUCCAUACGGGGGAGAAACCAUAUCAUUGCUCAGAGUGUGGAAAGAGCUUCAGUUACAGCACAGCCUUGACACAACAUUACCGAAAUCAUAAAGGGAAAAAACCAUAUGAAUGUUCUGAGUGUGGAAUGAGCUUCAGUCAGAUGACAAAACUUAGUACACAUCAAAGAACACACACAAAGGAAAUGCCAUAUAAAUGCUCAGACUGUGGAAAGAGCUUCAUUUUCUACCAAAGCCUUGCUAAUCAUCAGAGAAUUCACACAGGUGAGAAACCAUAUACAUGCUCAGAGUGUGGACAGAGCUUCAGUUUCAGCCAUAGCUUCAAUUUACAUCAAAGAAUCCACCGCGAGGAGAAACCAUAUACCUGCUCAGAGUGUGGAGAGAGGUUCAGUCGGAAUACAUCCUUUGCAAGACACUGCAGAACCCACAAAGGGAAAAUGCAAUAUGAAAGCUCAGAGUUCACUUCCUGCCAUAACUUUAUUAAUCACUCCAGAAACCACACAAGGGAGAAACCAUAUAAAUGCUCAGAAUGUGGAAAGGCCAUUAGUUCUAAGAAAUUCCUUCUUCUACAUCAAAGACUCCAUACUGGAGAGAAACCAUAUAAAUGUUCAGAGUGUGGAAAGGGCUUCAGUUUCAGCACAGCUUUGACACAACAUUACAGAAUCCAUAAAGGGAAAAUGCCGCAUAAAUGUUCAGAGUGUGGGAUGAGCUUCAAUAACAAGAAAAACCUUAUUAGACAUCAAAAAUCUCACACAGAGGAUAUGCCAUACAUAUGCACAGUGUGUGGAAAGCGUUUCAGUUUACACCACAACCUUGCUAAUCAUCAGAUAAUCCACACAGGGGAAAUGCCAUAUAUAUGCCCUGAAUGUGGUAAGAGCUUCAGAUACAGGAAAACUCUUACUUCCCAUCAAAGAAUCCACAUAGGAGAGAAACCAUAUGAAUGCUUAGAAUGUGGAAAGAGCUUCACUCGGAGUGCAACCUUCACAAGACAUAAUAGAAUCCAUAUGGAGAAAUGCUAUAUAAAUGCUCCAAGUGUGGAAAGAGCUUCAGUUUCAAUGACAGAACAAGCCUUACUAGACAUCAAAGAACCUACACAGGAGAGAAACCAUCUAAAUGCUCAGAGUAUGGAAAUAAGUGCAGUUGGAGCCCAACCCUUAGAAGAGGUUACAGAAUACACAAAAGGAAAAUGCCAUAUACAGGAUCAGACUUCAAUGAUGGUAGAAGCCUUACUAGAUAUCAAAGAGCCCACACAGGAGAGAAUCCAUAGAAAUGCUGAGAAUGGGGAACGAUCUUCAGUAUGAGGCUUAAUCUACAGGACUACAUUCACAUGGAGCCAGUCUUGUGAAUUUUAGGAAGGCAUGGAGUGUGGAAGAACUUCAGGUGGCGAACAGACUUCACAUGAAAGACAUAUAAAUAAUGAGAGCAGGGCUUUUCUGACCAAUUGGCCUCUAAUGAUAGUGAAUGAACUUUUCUUCCAAAUGACCAUGUGAGUCCCCACCUCCAUGGGGAUAGAUCGAUGCGGCAGAGCUGCCAUUGCCAAACAAGAAGUCUUUGAAUGCCUGGACUCAUUCAUUUCAUGUGAUAGCUUCAUGGUAUGGUAAUAUUUCAUGCUCUCUGUUCCUUCAAGUGUUGAUAAGCUCAAGGAGCUCUACAAAAGAUAUGAGAGUUUUUGUCCUUUUGCAAUGACAACCUAUUUGCAUAUCUACAUCAAGAGUUGCAGGUAUACAAAUAUGACAAAUAUUUAUAUUCCACUGUGUAGGAAUAGCUGCCUAUUCUACCUAUACUUUCACCGCUGCCAUCAACUAGACUUUUUGUAUGGCUGGGUCUACUACAACAGCCCUUACGCUUUUACAAAAAAUACCAAAACAAAUACUCAGUAGAGUGGAAAGGCUCAUAGGCAUGGAGACAAUUAAACAAGCUUCUAAUCUUUAUAUAACAACAACGCUUACUUGGGGGCGGGGAGUUCAAUUAAAACAUUAGCAUUUUUUAGUUUCUUCAUACAGCAAAACCUAGAACACAAAACAAGUACCAAAAGAACAUACAGGAGAAGAGAAAUGGUUGGGAAAACGCAUUAAACUAAGCUAUCUAAACUUGUCCCUGAGAGUCCUCUUUGUUACCUUCUCUUGUCAGCAAUUUCGCUUGUUCCUUCUAGUCACAGUACAGGCUUUACUGUGAGCCUGGACUCACAUCCUGGUCACAGUACAGGCCUGGGGCUCAAUCCAGCCUGGUUUUUCUGUGGUUUCCACUCUGGUUGCAGCCACAGCAUGGAGUGUCCCAGUGCUGGUUUUGUGAUAGCAAGCAUGACUUGUCCCCUUAGCUAAGCAGGGUCUGCCCUGGUUGCAUUUGAAUGGGAGACCACAUGUGAGCACUGUAAGAUAUUCCCCUGAGGGGACAGAGCUACUCUGGGAAGAGCAGAAGGUUCCAAGUUCCCUCUCUGGCUUCUCCAAGAUAAGGCUGAGAGAGACUCCUGCUUGCAACCUUGGAGAAGCAGCUGCCAGUCUGUGUAGACAGUACUGAGCUAGAUAGACCAAAGGUCUGACUCAGUAUAUGGCAGUUUCCUAUGUCCCUAUGUGCUAGCAAUUCUUCAGUUCUGGUUCUCCAACUGUGUCUUCAGAGAGACUCUCUUUCUCUCUCUGCCCACCAACUUUCUCCAGGACCCCUCUCCUGCACACUGCUUCCCAGGACUCUCCAGCAGACUGACUCCAAACUCUCUCAACUCUCUCUCUAUAUAUAUAUGCACAGUUUUACCCAAACAGUUUUUCAAAUAAUCCAACUAGAACAACACACAGUUCCCUCUAUUUUUCAAAAGAUCUUUUCCCUGCAAAAACCAAACUGUCAACUGACAUUCUAAACGUGAAACUUAAAACAAAAACAAAAACCAGGCAUGCACUUGGGACCCUGCUAGCAACACAGAGUCCAGGCAGCAUUCUAGCACAUAUUAUUUUGUGCCUCAUUCCUUCACAACCGCUUUUCGACAAAAGUUCCCGAAGUGGUUCACAUAGAUAUAAAUAAAUAAAAAUGGUUCCCUGUGUCCAAAGGAAAAGAGAGGAACGGUAACUCCUUCAGAAUACAAAUACGAUGAGUAUUUAUAUACCGCUUUUCAACCAAAGUUCCCAAAGCGGUUUACAUACAUAAAUUAAUUAAUUAAUUAAAUGGCUGCCUGUCCCCAAAGGGCUCAAAUUCUAAAAAAGAAACAUAAGAUAGACACCUGCAAAAGCACAGGAGGGAGGCUCUGCUGGGGAUGGAUAGGGCCAGUUGCUCUCCCCCUGCUAAAUAAAGAGAAUCACCACUUUUAAAAGGCUCAUGUUUGCUCAGUUAGCAGGCAGAUGUUCAGACAGCCAAGGCGAGUUCCCCAAAAGCCAGCAGAGUUAUUCAGGGCCCCAGUAAGGAUCUUCCUUGCAACCAUUAGUAGAAUGUAGACCUCUUUCCCCAAGCCAGCUCCCUUGUAUCUCCCCAAACUGUUUUGUAGCCUCCUCAGUCUUGGGUCAUGGAAGAAACAUUUUUAGCCAUUUAAAAACCUCUCUUGAAAGAGCCACUGACCUUCGCUGACUCUCCACACAUCCUCGUAUUUUUGUUGCAUGCUGAGCUUUUUAAAUCUAAUGUGCAUUAAAGAUAUGGCAUCUGUUGGUUUUGUCAAAGUUCUUACUUUAUAUUUUACUGUACUAAUUACUAACUCUAAUAAAUGCAUAUUUACAUUGA